UGAUCUUGCCCUUUAAUUGUCAAUGCGCUCCAUCAGUUGUGAAGUCAUGUGACAUCACUAUUUUUACUCGUACGAGCCGUUUCUCACCAGCUGGUUCAGAGGGGGGAGUGGAUCGUCUGUGUUACUGAUAAUCGCUUGGUUUUCCAAUGGCUUCCAUGCCUACCUCGACUCCGGCCAGCUCAGGCCGGAGCACUCGGAGGAGCACCGGCGUUGGCGUGUCCCCGGCAGGAUCCGGCUCCAGCCCGACUCGCCUGAGCCGCCUCCAGGAGAAGGAAGAACUGAGGCAGCUGAAUGACCGCCUGGCGAAUUACAUUGAGCGAGUCCGCUCGCUAGAGACGGACAAAGCAUCUCUGCAGCUCCUACUGGAGGAUCGAGAGCAGUCCUCGUCCCGGGAGAUGGGAAAGAUCCGGCUGCUCUAUGAAACAGAGCUCGCCGACGCGAGGAAACUGCUGGACAACACGGCUAACGAGAGGGCUAGGCUUCAACUUCAGUUUAGCAAAGUCACAGAGGACCACCGACAACUACAGAUAAGGUACAAUAAAAAGGAGACUGACUUGGCUGCUGCUGUGGGCCGCUUGAGAAAUCUUGAAGCUCUGCUGAACUCCAAAGAGGCAGAAUUGGCAAAUUUACUGGCUGAAAACAGGCGUUUAGAAAGUGAACUUUUUGAACUCAAGGCUCAGACUGCCAAUCUUGAAUCUGUGUUACAUGAUGUUAAGAAACAGCUCCACGAUGAAAUGCUGCAAAGAGUUGACCUUGAAAAUCAAAUGCAGACACUACGGGAACAAAUGGAGUUUCAGAAACACAUCGGUGAAGAAGAACUCAGGGAAACCAAAAGUCGUCUUGAAACUAGACUGGUUGAGAUUGACUCUGGUCGGCAGAAGGAGUUUGACAGCAAGUUUUUCGAGGCCAUGCAACAGCUCCGAAGGGAACAUGAAGGCCAAAUCCAGCAGUAUAAGGAGGAGCUAGAAAGAAACUUUAUUGCCAAGCUGGAGAAUGCACAGCAUGCUGCUGCCAAGAACAGUGAUUUUGCCAGCUCUGCCAGGGAGGAGCUAAUGGGGUCGAAAAUGAGGCUUGAAACCUUGUCCUCUCAGCUCAGCCACUAUCAGGAACAGAAUGUUGCCUUGGAGACCAAACUAAGGGAAGCUGAGGAUGCACUGGAUCGGGAGAGAGAGAGAAGCCAUCGACGCCUAACUGAGAAAGACAGAGAAAUGACUGAAAUGAGACGGCAAAUGCAGACCCAGCUGGAAGAAUAUGAGCAUCUUCUGGAUGUGAAACUGGCUUUAGACAUGGAGAUCAAUGCUUACAGGAAAAUGCUGGAAGGAGAAGAACAGAGACUGAACCUGUCCCCAAGCCCAGCACAGCGAACUGCUGUGUCUCGUACCCGGAAGCUGCGUGGGAAGAAAAGGAAACUUGUAGAGACACAGAGUGAAGCCCCCAGGUACAAAAUAUCCCAGCAUUCCUCCUCCAGCGGGCCUGUUUCUGUUGAUGAGCUAGACUUGGAAGGGAACUUUGUCAAGCUUAGAAACAACUCUGAGGAGGACCAGCCUUUAGGUGGGUGGAUGCUAAAAAGAAACCUUCUGUCCAUGUCAGAUGUUGUAUAUAAAUUUCCUUCGAGGUUUGUGCUUCGAAGUGGACAGACGGUCACUAUUUGGGCAUCAAACUCUGGGGUUAGUCCUAAUCCUCCCAGUGAUUUAGUCUGGAAGAGUGAAACUACCUGGGGUACAGGGGAUAAUAUAAGGAUUGUCCUCAUGAACAGCAAUAAAGAGGAGAUUGCAGAGCGAACCCUGGUGCGAAUACUGAGAGAGGCAGAGGGUGAAUCUGAGGAGGAGGAAUAUGAUGAAGAGGAUGUUACUGGAAGUGAGGUACACUUACGACAACAGCCAAAAAGAAGAAAAAAGAAAUGUUGUUCCAUCUCAUGAUUUGCCUCUGGUUGUAUGAACCAACAAAUUAGGGUCUUCAUAGAGCUGAUGAUCCCAGCUGUUCUGUUAUGUAGCAGAUCUUGGAAUCCCAAUGAGAAGCCGUUACUUUUCAGUGUGUUUUUUUUUUUUUUUUUUUUUUAAUGAAUUGGAAUGUAAAGAUGCUGUUAUUGGAGUUGCACUUGUUUGUUUUGUUUUAUAUGGAAACUGGUAUUUUUCUGUUGGGUAUUCUUUGGGUGGGGGGGGCGGGGGGGGGGGGAGCAAUGAGCAAUGAGCAAUGAGGACUGGACUGGUUGCAACACAAUGAAAUUGUUUGAUUAUUCAGUUUCUCUCACCUCAGAAGGUGCCUUUUCUUAACUGGCUAUUAGAGAUCUUCCAUGAAGGUUAAAAUUUUAAGGGAAGAACUGGACCAGUCAUAAAAACACAUGGCUCUCUUUUAAUCCCAAUACGUCAGAGGAAGCACAUUGUAUCCAGCGGGUAAGAACGUUGUGUUAAAUCUGAUUAAAAUACACGUCAUGGUGUGCCUGUGCAGUAGCUCAACACAUUAGUGUGUGACUGGGCUAAUCUGCUGCAUCCUCUAAGAUUUCAUUUAAAUAGCAACUUAACCUGGUUAGGUGGGCAUGCAAAUGGAACAGAGAUUUGUCAGGUCUUGGUUGAAAAUGGCAGCUUUCUCUCUUCUCCACAAUAGGACCAUGGAUUCAUUGCCCCAGGGGCGUUGCAGCACUAAAGCUAUGUAUUGUUUGGGAGUAGUAUUGGUAGAAAAUACACUGUAGCCUUACAGCUUAACUUAUACCUACUGUUUCCAACAGAGGUCCCUGUAGAGCAUUCUUAGAAGGGAUAGGGGGACUAACUAUGAAGUAAAAAUAAGGUCUGAUGAAGAAAGUAUGUCUGGAUUUCCAUGUAAUAGCUUGUGCCGUAAUUUGGCAACUGAAAAAAAACUGGAAAAAAUGCAUAAAUCUUCAUCAGCACAGGUGUUUUGAAAGAAAAAAAAAAUGUGUGUGAUUUCCCUGCUUCUACAGUAUUCGUUACAUUUUCAUGGUGCUAUGACAUUUGGUUUAAUUAUUAUGUCUGUUAUAAUUUUGAGAUAUUGGGUUAUUAGAUUUAGUAUAGCUUUGCAUUAUUGCACACUAUUUCACAUCUUGCCGGCUUUAAAGGAAAUAUAAUUUUAAUGCUCAAUUGCAAGAAGUGUUUUUUGAGAUGUACAGUAUAUUUCCAUUGAGCCUCUUAAUUGUACAGCCUGCUGCUGAGCUUCACGAUCUUCCAGUGUGAGUGUAGGCUAUUGUUGAAUCAAACAGUUAGCACUUUCAUAAAUGACUCUAUCAAACAGGUGGAAAUCCUAACCCUUUUUGUUUUGCCUUUAAGCCAAAGAAGAAUAUGUCCGUUUUUAUACACUGAUGUAAAUUAAAAUAUGUAACACAGCUAUUUAUUGGAUCAGUGUGUAACUGGCAGUCACUGGGUAAAGUGUGUGUGUUUAUUAAACCCUUUUUUGACGAGUUCUUCUCCAAAUGUUUUGGUAGUUUGGAAUAUUAUUUUGCCAGUAUCUUACUGUUGGAUGCUAUUUAGAUAAAUUAUUAAUUACAAAUACAAAUUGUAAUAAUUUUCAAAGCAGACUGAAUGUAAUGUGUGCCUGCAUAGGUUUCUUGCACGGUUCAUAAGAUUUUUGUCCCCCAGUAUUUGAGUUGAAAUGCUAAAUAUAUGUGUGGUUGUUUUUUUUUUUUUGUUUUUUUUUCUGGUGU